AUGAAUCAUUACUUGUUUGUUGUCACCACUUUAGCUGCACUUUUGACAUUAGCUCUUGCUGAUGUCGAAAUCACAUCACCGGAAGAAGGAGACAAAUUCUCUGGUUCAUCGGGAAAAGCUAGUAUCAAAGUAAGUUGGAAGGAUAACUCAGACUCAGACUCAGACUUGUCAUUAGACAAUGUCAAAUCAUACACACUUUCAUUGUGUACAAAUGGAUCACCAAUUCAAUGUCAAGACCCUGCUAUCAAACAGCAAAAGCUCACCUCGAAUUCGGCAACUGUCACAGUCGAUCAAGAUGAUGUGCCUAGUGGUUACUAUUUCAUACAAGUAUACGCCUUAUUUACCAGCGGUGGGUCGACAAUCAACUACACCCCUAGAUUCAGAUUAACCGAUAUGGAAGGGUCAACAGGAACUCUAGUCGUUUCUGUAACGGGAGAUCAGCCAGAUGGUCAGACUUCAGGAUUUGACCAAACCACAGGUAGUGAUAUUUCAAAGAGUUUUACGGUGCCAUAUACAUUGCAGACAGGAAAGACUAGAUAUGCACCUAUGCAAAUGCAACCAGGUUCUAAAGUCACUGCCACCACUUGG